AUGGAACUCCCCUCCCCGACGUCCCCUGCCCUUGCACGCCAAGCAGAAGCAAGUUCUUCCAGCGGAUCCGUGAUCGCAGAAGGCGCACGACAACAUGCGCUCGUGCUCGUGAAGCAGCAAGAGGCUCUGGAAACGGAGAUGGAACUGCAUUUCACUACUCUGCGCGCGAAUAGGUCCACGAUGCACACUCCGCUGCUUACGCCGGACGGGUUUCCCAGGGAUGACAUCGAUGUGUUCGCUGUGCGCACCGCGAGGGUCAGGAUUAUCGAGUUGAGGAACGAUGUCGAGAAGGUGAGGGAGGAUAUCAAGCGUGCUUUGGAGGGGAUGUGGGAACCUGUAUUAGCUGCCAGAGCUGCGGCUCCGAAAGAGAGCACGCCGCAGAUGAACGGUACUGACGUGCAGGCGCCGUUUGCUAGAGUGGACGCGAUCAUGCCCCAGAGUCCCGCGAGUGAAGCUGGGCUGCAGAAGGACGAUCUGCUGCUCUCUUUUGGCCUUCUAUCCACGCUCUCUCAUCCCUCUCUGAAACAAGACCUUUCUCCUCUGGCCGGUGCUACUCAACAACAUCAAGACCGAAACAUGAUAGUAAUGAUCCUUAGAGGAGCAGAGCGCAAGACUCUCAUUUUACAGCCUCGGACAGGCUGGGGCGGGCGAGGGAUGCUGGGAUGUCACAUCGUGCCAUACCGCGCGUGAUAUCGUUCAGUCUCGUGCAAGGAUGUUGUAUGAAUACGUGGUGUUGUACCGAUAUCAAUUCAUGCUGAACCCGGCGAUGACGACCGCUCGAUCGAUAUGUCUGAGGCGCCAUCAGUCGAUGAGCGGUGAUGAUCGCCGCAACAUCAUACGUCCUGGAUACAUUGUUUAUAGGCUGCAAGAAACAAUAUCGUUGG